CUAGAGCGCAGUUUGAAAUGGAGCAGGGUCAGACAAAACUUAACCUUCAUCUGGUUCGCCGUCAGCAGUGUGCGUGUUUAAUUCAAGAAAUUGGGUCAAGGCUACAAACGACACAAGUGGUUAUCAACACUGGAAUAUACUACAUGCAUUACUUUUACGAGGUUUUUUCUCCGGAAACCAUCAAACCCAUCUUAGUUGCUAUAGCUGCUUUUUACUGUGCGUGUAAGACGGAAGAUUUCCCUAGAAAGUUGUCUUUUUUGAUCAAAGCCGCUUACGACAUUCUAAGGAGACCUGCUCCUGAUGAAGCAUCAGAUUCAUUUAAACGUCUCGUACAAAAUGUUCAUGCUUUAGAGGCUACUAUUCUUAUGGUAAUCGGAUUCCAUACGCUUGAGGUGAAGCAACCUCAUGUCUUGCUAGUAAAAGCCAUUCGUAUGAACAAGUUUCCGAAAGAAAUAGCCAACACCAGUUACUAUAUCUGUUCCAACAUUUUACAUCUCACCACCUUGGUACUGCGGCAUUCUGCAGAAGCGAUUGCUGCAGCUAGCCUAUAUAUUGCAGCAAAGUGGAGUGGCACGGACAUUCAGUCAUCGAAAGGGGAGUGGUUUCAUACAUUCUCAGUUACCCUGACAUUUGAGGAGGUCUCCAAAAUAGCGGAUGAGUUCACUCUGACUUUUCAGGAAUGCGACAUAAAAAUUAGGGAACAGUUGCGUAAUUCACUCCGAUCCCAGAAACUGCAAAAAGAACGAAGGGACAAACCAAUCAGCAAUCCUCCUCGAGGUCUAGAUUCUCAAAGAAGAUUCCUGCCGGACUCUCAGCAGAGAAGCGAUUCUUGGAAGGUUUUCGAGAUGUAAACUGUACCCUGGUGAGAUAAGGCUAUACGCUUUAUCACUUACGUAGCCAAGCAGUCAGUGUGAUUUUCUGCUUUAAAUAGCUUGUCCGGAGAAAUUUAAGGAUGUUCUUCUAAGAAGCAGGCUAUUGGAUUUAACCGAGUUACAUCUAAUAAAAACUUAACCUGGCCAAAAUCAGAACGGUUUUCGGUGUUAUUUGAGAUUGAAAGUGCCAUGCGACCAAACUGAAGUUCAUUUACUUGCCUCUGGAUAGGUUCCACAGGGCAUUCAAACUUACAGAACUCAGAGGUCUCCAACAGAGCAUCUUUCCACUGUAUUCCAGCAACGAGAACUGGGUUCGAACCAAUUCGUGAGUUAGUAGUUUUCACUAUAUCACAGGAAGGUAAUGCAGCUAUAACCGAGCCACUAUCUUAAAAAACUUUUUCGACGAACACGUCUUUCAGAAAUUCAGCCCAUA